ACGGAUGAAAAGACGGAAUUACCCCUAGGUAUGUACGAUAAGACUUGUUGAGUCGUUUUGCUUUCUCUCCGCUUUCGAGGAAUUAGGGUUCUGGAGAAAAAUCACGAUCAGGAUUUCAUCUUCGCCGCUCUCUCUCACUGACAAAAAUUUAGGCAGUUGGUAGAAGAUAUGUCAGAAGAAGUGGAGUACCGGUGCUUCAUUGGUGGGCUUGCGUGGGCAACGUCUGAUCGUGGCCUCAGAGAUGCCUUUGAGAAGUAUGGUCACCUCACUGAGGCUAAGGUGGUUUUUGACAAGUUUUCUGGGCGUUCACGUGGUUUUGGGUUCAUCACAUUUGAUGAGAAGAAAGCUAUGGAUGAAGCCAUUGCGGCGAUGAAUGGGGUGGAUUUAGAUGGGCGGACUAUCACUGUUGAUAAAGCUCAGCCACAGGGUGGUGGAUCCGGCAGGGAUCAUGAUGGUGACCGCAGUCGUGAUCGUGAUCGCGGGUAUGACCGUGACCGUAGCCGUCCAUCUGGUGGUGGGAGAGGUGGUUCAGGUGGUGGAGAUUGCUUUAAAUGUGGCAAGCCUGGACAUUUUGCGAGGGAGUGUCCUGAUGAAUCCGGCAGAGGUGGUGGUGGGGGAAGGUACAGCUCGAGAGAUGAUAGGUACAGCUCUAGGGAUGAUAGGUACGGUGCAAAGGAUGAUAGGUACGGUGCAAAGGAUGAUAGGUAUGGUGGAAAAGAAGAUAGGUAUGGUAGGGAUCGGUAUGGACCUGAUCGCAGUGGGGAACGCUCUGGAGGAGGACGAAGCAGGGAUGAUGGCAGCCGUGGAGGUUCAGGAGGGGAGAGGCAUGGCCGUGCUCCAUACGAUCGCCCCAGAGACUAGAAUUCUUCUCCAGAGGGUCAAACAAGUGGAAGGUUUCUGCUUUCAGCUCCUCAUCAAGCGGGAAGUUAGAUGGUCUGCUUUGUUGAAUGUAUUUGGAUAGCUCGAGAAAGAAGAUGUGUAUCUGUUUUGGCACCUUAAACUCAAGAGUCGGCUAAUGUCCUAAGUACUCUCCUUUUGAUAUGUUGAUCCUUUGGAAACCUUGUGCUUAGUUGGUUUGAGAUUGAGAGACACAAAUGUGCUACUUUAAGCUUAAUCGUAAUGAAUGAGUUGGUUACCCCCAA